AUGUCAUUUAUUUCCCCAGCUUCCGUGCAGCACAGGUAUUGUAUUCUACGUCUUCUGAUGGCGUUUGCCGUCGCACAGCCCGCGUCGUUCGCAGACCCCGUCAUCGUUCUCCUUCCCGAUGGCUCCAUUCGUUUGUAUCACGAGCAGCUCAUGCAAGUCAGGGACGUCCUUAAAGAGUUCCCCCACCACGGCCUCGCGUCGCUGAAUCACACCGCGCGGGAGCCGCUGGCUACGUCGCGACGAUCACAACCGCCAAAUGCGGCUCCUCUUCCGCCGGAGCGUUUUUUGCGGCCCGGGGGAACCUAUUGUUUGCUGGAGCAUCCGGUUUCAGCCGCACACGAUACUCGUUCGACUAAUCACGCGCGGCCCCAUGAUUUGGCGACAUGCGCGGCGGAAUGCACGGCGGGCGACGCGGAAAACAGGAUUGACGACUCGGAGUCGCCGUCGGGCGAUGCGACCGUUGUAAGCUGCUUCACGCCGCGUGCAUCCCGCGCCUCGACCCGCCAACGCGCUGCGGUCGCAGCGAAAGGCGGCGGAUUCGGCUUGGAGCGCGCGGCGUCCAUGCCUCCCAUAAACCACUCGCUGCGCGCCGCGCUAAUGAUGCCCACCACGCCGCGCAAACCUACCACCGGUGCCGCCAGCGGCGCCGUCGCGUUGCCACCAUCGCCUAGUGCAGCCGCCGCCGCGGCCCUGCCGGCAACAUCCCUUCCUCCCCUCGCCCGGACUACCAGCGGAACCGUCCCCUCGACUGCGCCAACAAUCCCCAACUCCGUCUCGCAGCGCGCGCGACCUUCCUCCGCCGCUUCCGCCCUCAUCUCCCCGCGCGCGCCACCGGCCUCCACGUCCGCCCUCAUCUCUCCGCACGCGCCACCGUCCUCCGCGUCCGCCCUCAUCUCUCCGCGCGCGCCACCGUCCUCCUCGUCCGCCCUCAUCUCCCCGCGGGCACCCCCUGCCUCCGCUUCGUCCCUCGUCUCACCGCGCGCGCUUCUCUCCAGCGGGUCGCGGAAGCUUGCGCGCGCUUUGACUGCUCUCCCGCGCCCCCGUAAAAAUGCGUCACGUGAGCGCGACGGGGCGGAACGGAGCCGCGUCCCGCGUGACGUCAGCAAUCACGGCGCGGCAGGCCCGUGGUCGCUGAUGGACCUCGUCUCGCCAAAAGGCGCCGCGAGCGCGUCGCACGCUGAAAAUCAUACCGCGGCACAGCUCGGUGCUUAUGCAAUUUCCGCAGAAGAUAUGUACUCGUGGGAAAAGGCUAUCCGCGACCUUAAGAUCUCGCGAGGUGAGCGCGACGACGAAGGGGAGGCGGAGUGUGGCGAAAGGCAGCGAAACGGGGGCGUUCGUUACGCCGGUGGGCGAAAUGAGGCGAGACAGACGAAUUGGUCGGGAGGGCUGACGCCCAGAGGCCUCCCCCUGCUGUCGCCCGUGGAGACCACGUCUGAGAGCGGCGAGGGCACGCAGCAGCAAGGGCUGAACGCUGCGGAUUCAAUGCAGUCAACUCAGGGCAGAGUGUCAAGAGUGUCCAGUGCGAACCGCCGUCCUUGCUCGAGACGGCAACAACGGCUCGCCCUCUCUCCUCUCGUGCUCUCCUUCCCCCUCGCGCUCCUCGCGCUCCUGACCGUUACGAUUGCGCCGAGUAGAGCGGCGGGCGUGGUGGGGGGCGUGGUGUCGCGAACCAACAUGACAAUCAACCUCAACGGCGUGCCCGUGGUGCCCAACAUGGUUGUCGCAAAGGACGGCUCCGGCGACUUCACCACCAUCCAGGAGGCGAUAUACUACGUGCCGCCAGCGUAUCUGCCGAAUCAAGGGACGAAGAUCUUCGUCAAAGCGGGGUGGUACAACGAGACAAUCAUCAUCCGACCGUACAUGCGCUACCUGGCGCUCAUCGGCGAUCCCGAGAACGGCGGAAGCACGGUGUCGUGCAACCGCUACAGCGGCAUGCUCAACGAUAACGGCGACAUGCUCUCCACGUUGAACUCGGGUUGUUUUGUCGUAUUCGCGGAUGAUUUCACGGCUGUGAAUUUCAACUUCGAGAACGCGUCGCCGCGGCCGCCGCCCAACAGCUACAUCUACCAAGCGGUGGCCGUCAGGGUGACGGCCAACCGCACCGCGUUCUACAACUGCUCCAUCAAGUCGUUCCAGGACACGCUGUACGCGCACAAGGGGUGGCAAUACUACAAGGACUGCUACAUAUUCGGGACGGUGGAUUUUAUCUUCGGGCAGGCGAAGGCGCGGUUCGAGUCGUGCGUGCUGCAGAUGUCGAGCUACGGGUUCGCGUCGGUGACGGCGCAGAAACGCGACAUUAGAGACGACGAUAACUGCUUCGUUAUUGUGCAGAGCCGGAUCAUCGGGCAACAACCCAUCAUUGCCCAGGGGUGGCUGGGGCGGUCGUGGGGUCAGUACGCGUGCACCAUCUUCGCACACUCGUACAUGGACGAGAUCAUCAGCGCUGAAGCAUGGAACAACUUCUACGUGAGGUCGAGGGAGUGGACGACCUUCUAUGCCGAGUACAACAACACGGGCAUCGGGGCCAACCUGGACGGGCGUGUGCUGUGGCUCAAGACCAUGACGCCCGCCAGCCGCAGAUACUUCCUCAACAAGGCCUGGAUCGGCCUCGACUCGUGGUUCCACCCCUUCCCCCAGAUGCUGUGA